CACUUUGCGCUGCAGACGUCAUGACGUCAUCAAAGUUGGCGGUAUUUCGAAACAAGCACGGACAUCGUCACCGUUUGUUGACUAUGGACGAGGUUCGGGCAGAUGGAGAGGUUGCAGCUCAGCUCUCAGAAGCCGCAAAGGCUGAGCUGCUGGAGCUCUGUGAGGAGCAGUUUGCUCAGCUGGAGAAGCUGCAGGAGGAAAUAAUACAGUGUGAACCAGACAGCUCCGAGGACCCAGAAGAUCAGUUAGUAAAGCGGCUGAUGGCAACAGAUGCUGAACUGAAGCAGUGGCUCUCAAUGAAGCCGAGCUUGCUGGCAACUAAUUCUGACAUUUUACUUAAAGCUGGAAAAGAUGAGAUGCUGAAGCUUUGCUCUGAUCUGGAGAUGGUUGUUUCUUGUUGUGAAGCCAAGAGAGACAAACUGAGAGAGACUAAAGAGCUAGAGCAGAAAUGGCUGGAGGAGAAGAAACAGGUGGUAUUAACUAUCAACGAUCAUAUUGAACGACUCCGAGUGGAAAUGGAGAAAUGCUCAGAGCACAAUAUUUUUCUGGAAACCAAGGCCAAAAUCCAGAAGGUGAAGGCUUAUCAGGAAAAUCUGAUGGAGAACCUGGGAGACAUCCUGGCGAUGCAUGCUCCUCUCUCUCAGAAAGAGUCCAGUGCCAGCAAAAACAAGAAGAACUUUCCCCUGGAGUUAAAUGAGAACCAUAUUUCCCUCAGUGAAAUCCUAGAGGUUCUUAUGGACAAAGUCAUAAACACACCGCAUGACCCUUACGUCACAGUAGAUGACACGUUCUGGCCACCGUACGUGGAGAUGCUGCUUCGAUACGGGGUCGCAGUGAGACACCAGGAGAAUAACUUCAAGAUCCGCCUGGAAACCUUUUUCUAACUGACUGAUCCUUAUUAUCCUCGUAAGGAAACACAUUUUUAAUUGUCUUUUAUUCAUGUCUGUUUCUAUUGGAUAAUAUAUGUAUUAGAGUUAUUAAGCUGGUUUUCAUUUAUUUGUAAUUUUUAGAUGUUUUGUAUUUACAGUGACCAUGUGCAAUUUGAUAAGUUUAAACUUGUAUUUUAAAGUUCUUACAGUGUUUGUAAUAAAACCAACCCCCCC